GAUAUCACUCGGCAUGUUUCUUGGGCGGCGAAUCGCAAUGCACAAUGCUCACGCGAACGUCAUGACAACCGGUAAAUCACGUUUUUACGUUCCCGUGCUCUAUCUGCUUUCGUGACGCACACACCACACCGUACUAGCCACCCAACCCGACUGCUCCGCCGGUUUGGACUGUUGCGACACCUCUGACGGAUCUUCGACCCCCACCUCGCCGCGAGUAUCGAGCCAUCGAAAUUCACGAACACUCACGAACUUUGCCGAGCUCGUAGCGCGCCGACUACAGCCACAUUUAAAACGCUUACGUUACGUUCAUCUGUUUCUCGUUACAGUAUCUCUGCUCCUUCUUUUCCCCUCCUAAUUCUUUGAUAAGAAUUAUCCGUCAUUUCUUCUUUCUUGACCUCUGUAAAUAAGAAUUGCCAAUCAACGCAUAUUAAUAGCAGAGAUACGGAAAUCAUGAAACUGCUUUAUUUGGAGUAGAGCAACCAAGGCAAGGGAAAAUUUUUUAAAAAUGUUUGAUGGUUUGAUAUAAAAUUUUUAAAGAAAAUGUCCUUCCUUUUUUUGAAGAAAAGGUAAAGUAAUAAAAUUGGAUUAAACGGAUAUUAAGCUCCGAAUGUAAAAGGCGGGGUUUGGAGUAUCGAUCAAACUGUACAAAGGAGAACCGACAGAAUCGAUUGACGUUAAUUUAAAACGCUACUUCGUCCAACCAGUUGGUUUUACAUUUUUAUCAUGGAUAACUUACGAAGGCAAGUGAUAGAUGAUAUAAUCAUCACUUGCCAAGAAAACAACGUGGACGUGACUGAAGAUUUUGUUUCCUUUUUGCUCACUUUGUUUCAAUUAAAUCCUGUAUAUGGGCUUAAAGUAGACGACGAAGAAAACAAUAAGAAAAUUGUUCAGGCAAUAGUUGAAAAGAUAUGCGAUCAAGAUAAACCAAGUUUAACGACAUUGAAAAGUCAAUUAUAUUUUGCGAAACACUAUCAUGAUAGAGACGAAACUGUUAAGCGACACAGACUACGACUGCAUCAAAAAACUGGACCAAUAGUGGCAGAAAUUUGUCAAACUGAGAAACUUGCGAAUAAACAGGAGUCAGAAAAAUUAUACCAAAAGAUGUUGGUGGUCAUUACGUUUUUGAGUGGUCUUGGAAAUCCUACUGUACCUUCUGUGCUGAGAGAAGUGUCGGUAGCAUUGCAAAGCGUCUUUCAACCUUCAGAAUUGGAACAAUACAUAAAAAUGUCUAAGCGAGAAAAGGAAGAACAGCUAAUGGAAUUAAUGUGCAUAGUCGCAGGAAUACGUCUAUUUAAUAGAGAUUGUCAACGGGGAGGCGAGGGUAUCGAUGAUUUGCCAGCUAUUUUGCAAAGAGCUAUCGAAAAGACCCGUGACUGUAUCGUGGAAUUUCUAGAAAAUUUAAUGUCAAGAAUAUAUAAAUUUACCGCGCUCGCCGACAAAAUAAUUUUCAUUAAAGAAUUAAUACCAUUUGACGUUUAUACAAAAGAGAAUGUAAACUGGGCAAUCGAGAUGUUGAGUGCAUCUCGACAGCAAGAAAUUUACAUCAGGAAAUUGUUGAGCGACGUAGAACAUAGUGAAAAAGAAAUAAAAAAUUACAUGGAACGGCUACAAGAGCGUCUUUUUAAACUUCACGAUACAGUAAGAUACAGAACUGCCAUUCCUACCGUUCAAGUAUAUGUAAGAAAUCACAUUCCACAAUUUAUCGAUUUGGCGGAUAUAUGGAUGGGACUUCAAGAUGAAGUUAUUGUACUAAGUCGUAUUAACAACUUUUUCUGGGAACUUCAAACUUUGGGAGCAAAGACUGUGAAUGUAUACAACGAACAGCUAUUGAACGAAAUGCUGUCUGACGCAGAAAUCCUCACAGAUGCUGAAAGAUUAGAGCGGUCAAUGGGUGAAAUAAUAAGUGAAUGCGGCCAGUGCACUAUCUAUCAUCCUAAUGAAACCAAAGAUUUUGAAAAUAUAAAUUUAGAAUUUCUAGGAUUUUGCGCGUGGAAGUUCGUUAAUGGAUACGGAGCAUUGAUCCCAGGAAAUCCGAAUAAUGGUGUUAUUAAAUGGAGAGGAAAGUAUUAUGUAUUCUGCUCAAUUGCAACAGCCCUACACUUCGGUGAAGAUCCUGAUAGGUGUACUUAUGAGGCUCUUGAUUAUAUACGCAAUCACUUUGAAUAUGUAUAUUUGUUUCAAGUAUACGACGACAUUCGUGCUCUACAAACGCAGGAAGUGCUAUCGGAAGAAGGACCUCAGUUGAAAACUUGCCAACAUCAAAUGGUUCAAACAGAUUUGCAUAUACUUCCACCUUUUAUCGACAAGAAUUAUUCUUCGAGCAUCUGGGAACUAAGAAACAGAGCGCUGCAUUUAGCAACUAUAAGCAAAUAUAAGACACAUAGUACGCAAACAUAUAAAUCCAACUUCCGAUAUGGCAUUUACGUACAAACAGCUCCGCCUCGAAACAAAGAAGUUCAAACGAGAAGAGAUAAUUAUAUGAACACAAAGAAACUGUUAACUUAUAUCUUUGGUUUGCGGGGGAGACGCGAUGAUAAUCAACACGUAUUAUCUUUUUUAGAAGACGAACUCGAACAUUUAUAAACAUUUAGUUCUAUAUAUGAAUUUGAUAUCAGUUUUGAAGGACAAACUGGAUAGGAGUGUACGAGGACACCUAUGAUAAAAUUAAGCUACAAAGGGCACUCUUAAAAAAAAAAUGAAAGCAAUAUUUUUUAAUAAUAUUCUCAAAUACAUUCACGAAAUAUCAGGGCAUAACCUGUACUUUUCUUCGUUUAAAAAACAAACUGAUAUUAUAAUUUGUUAUUCCUUGUAUACGUUUAUCAUUAUCUCCAUUGUAAUGUUUUCAUUAUUAUUAAUCGUUUGAAAUGAUUUCAUUGUGGCUCCCAUUAAUUUAGGCCAGCAUUCAUUAAUUUAUAUUCAAAAUACACAAAUUUUUCCAUACAACGAGGUGUGAAUAUCCACACUAGGAGUAAUUCUAUACCUCGCAUCAUCAACCUAUCUUAUUUUCUACAAUUCAACAUUACGCAGUGCUGCACAUAUUGUGACUUUUAAUAUGCAUGCAUCGUAUCUUCACUGAAUACAUUAUUUUACCAUUAAAUCUUAAAAGUUAGGUCAAUUUUUUACACCAAGAACCUAUAUUACGACAAUAAUUAUUAAUUACAUGAUAAUACAAUUAAAUUUUGCUUAAUAAUAAUUUUAGUGUAUAAUGUAACAAUUAUACAGAAGAGGUACAGGAUGUUGAUUUUUCGCAUUGUCUUUCUCUUAAUUUUUAUCAUAUUCUUUUAGCCUUACCACAUAUCAUUUCCCCUCUUACCCCUCUCUCUUUUUCUCACUCUCUCUCUCUCUCUCUCUCUCUCUCUUUCUGCUGUCAAAACUGUUUAUCUCUCAGUUACAUCCAUUGCCGAAAGUAACCAACGUUAAAAAUAAGAAGAUGAAAAUAUUGUGUGAUAUUUGAGCGGCAGUU